UAUUUUCCUUAUCUAAUAGAAAACAAGCGGAUGGAACAAACUAACAGCAGCUGCUGCUGCUGCUGUGUUUAAUGUAUCAGCCCACUUUCUCUUUUUAUAUAUCUCAGCAGCUGGUUUCUCAGGCAAACCCAGCAAACAGCCGUCAGAUCUAGAAACAGGCCCCCGGUCAAUAUUCAACAAUUUUUUGGUAUAAAAGAAGAACUUGUCUUCAUGGGCUCCCUAGACAAAAGCUCUGGAGCUGAAGUUGUCACUGUUGAUGUUAAGGCAGCCAAGGGUCUUCUUGAGUCUGACUACGUUUAUCUAGAUGUCAGGACGGUGGAAGAGUUCAAGAAAGGACAUGUGCAUGCAGAGAAGAUAUUAAACAUUCCUUACAUGUUCAACACACCAGAAGGUAGGGUAAAAAAUCCCAAGUUCUUGCAGGAGGUUUCAGCUGUUUGCAAGGAGGAAGAUCAUCUUGUUGUGGGCUGUCAAAGUGGAGUCAGAUCCCUCUAUGCCACAGCUGACAUGCUUGGUGCUGGUUUUAAGGAUGUAAGCAACAUGGAAGGAGGUUAUCUUGCUUGGAUGCAGAAUGAGUUCCCCUUGAAGAUUGAAGAGGAGCAGAAAAUUGAGCUCUGAUUUAUAAAUCUUCAGCAUUUUUUCCCUCUGUUUUGGCCAAAAAUCUUAUUUCCACGUAUGUAUCUAUAUUAGCACCUUGUCUAUAUUUGAGACUAGAGUAACCAAUCCUGUUCUGCAUGUAUUAGCAAACCAGGUUUUAAAUGGAACCUGCAUUGCACAUGUGAUUGGGUUUUCCUGGUUCAUUCUAAAACCAGAGCUACAGUAAGAGAAUGCCUGAAAGUUGGUGGAUGUUGCAUUUA